AUGCGCGCAUCUCUAGUCAACCAGCUUCGGGUGCUCGUGCCCGUCAAGAGGACCAUCGACUAUGCCGUCAAGAUCCGUGUCGCAUCAGAUGGCAAAGGCGUCGACCAAAAUGUCAAGUUCAGCAUGAACCCCUUUGACGAAAUUGCAGUGGAGGAGGCUGUUCGUCUGCGUGAAAAGUACAAGGAUGCUAUCACCAAAAUCACUGUCGUCUCUGUGGGACCACCCAAGACCGCCGAUGUGCUCCGAACCGCUCUCGCCAUGGGUGCUGACGACGCCAUCCACGUCGAAGUACCCGACAAGGCAGCUGCCAACCCUCUCGAGCCUCUUGGCAUUUCCAAGAUUCUCAACGAGAUCGUAAAAAAGGCAGGCGAGGACGAAGAGGUCGGUCUCAUCAUCAUGGGCAAGCAGGCCAUCGAUGACGACGCUUCGCAGACCGGUCAGAUGCUUGCUGGUCUGCUCAACUGGCCACAAGCAACCUAUGCCAGCAAGCUCGAGUUCCCAUCGGGCAAGCCAGAGAAGGGUGCAGAAGCCCAAGUGACGCGAGAGAUCGACGGCGGUCUCAGCAUUGUCAAGACUAAGCUGCCCUUUGUCGUGACAACUGAUCUUCGACUCAACGAGCCACGAUACGCAUCUUUGCCCAACAUCAUGAAGGCCAAAAAGAAGCCUUUCAAAAAGUACACCCUCAAAGACUUGGGUCUCGAGGACCAGGUCAAGCCUCGUCAGGAGAUCCUCAAGGUCGCCGAGCCUCCCAAGCGUGAAGGUGGCGCAAAAGUGGAGAACGUCGACGAGCUCAUCUCGAAGCUUAAGGAGGCUGGUCGUAUCUAA